AUGCAGGAAUUUGCUGAACAAACAGGGUUUAAAUUAUUGACUUCGACACCUUAUUAUGCACAAGCAAAUGGUCAAGUCGAAGCAGCCAAUAAGGUUAUUAUUGGAUUAAUUAGAAAACACGUUGCUCAAAAGCCAAGAAAUUGGAAUAAGAUUUUGAAUCAAGUCUUAUGGGCAUGUAGAAAGUCCCCUAAGGAAUCAACGAAUUCUACUCCGUUUCGAUUAACUUAUGGUAAUGAUGCUGUUUUGCCUGUUGAAAUUUAUCUACAAUCUAUUAGAAUCCAAAGGCAAAUGGAAAUACCAACUGACCAUUAUUGGAGUAUGAUGUUUGAUGAAUUGGUUGAUUUAGAUGAAGAAAGAUUAAGGGCACUUGAUACUUUAACCAGACAAAAGGAAAGAGUAGCAAAGGCCUAUAAUAAGAAGGUUAAGUCAAAAACCUUCGAUGUAGGGAAUUUAGUAUGGAAAGUUAUUUUGCCAAUGGACAAAAAAGACAGAGUUUUAGGCAAAUGGUCACCAAAUUGGGAGGGACCUUUUAAAAUAAUUCAAGUAUUUUCGAAUGGUGCUUAUGAGAUAGAAGAACUAACUUCAGAAAAGCGAACAUUGAAUAUAAAUGGUAAGUAUUUGAAAAAAUACAAACCAACGCUUUUAGAAGUUAAGAUUACCACAGAAUGA